UCAAUUGUCAUUGAACAGAUGUGCCGUUGAUAGCGUAAAAACUUUUACAUUUUAUUUAUUUUUUGAUAUAGAAUGAUUGACAAGGGAAGGCUUAUUGUUUUAUAUGGUAGCCAAACUUUUACCGCACAAGAAGCUGCUGAGCGAAUAUGGCGUACGACGAAGAUAUUGGACUUCAAAGGACCCGUACAAGCGAUGGAUGAUUAUCCAAUUUCUCGUUUAAUUCAUGAGGAGUUCGCUUUAUUUAUUUGCGCUACUACCGGUCAGGGAGAUGAACCGGACAAUAUGAGGAAGUUCUGGAAGUUUCUUUUGCGGAAAAGCCUGCCUUCUAAUUCUUUAGUGAACCUUAACUUCGGCGUGAUCGGUUUCGGUGAUUCGAAAUAUUCUAAAUUUAAUUUCGUAGCGAAGAAGCUUCACAAAAGGCUGAUACAGCUUGGUGCUAAACCUUUGCUUGAUUUAGCUCUAUGUGACUAUCAACACGACUUAGGACACGAUGCGGUGAUGAUACCGUGGCUUAAAGAAUUCUUUACAAAAAUGAAAAUGUAUGUUCCAAACCUGAACACCGAUACUCUUGAAAACUCUUUUGUACCGAGAUGGAAAGUAUCAAUACUGAAAAGUACAGAAAGCCUCAACAGCUCACAUUUAAAUGAGGAUAUUUACUAUGCAAAAGGAUAUAAAGAUACUUGCUUAAAUGCUACAUGUUUUGAAUUAGAAAAAAAUAUUAGGACUACAGAUGAAACACAUUUUCAGGACGUAAGAUUAAUAACUUUCAAAACAAUAGGGGAUGAUAAAAUCGACUACAAACCAGGGGAUGUUUUUAAUAUUAGACCAAGAAAUAGUAAGGAAGAUAUAGAUGACCUCUUUGAUAUAUUCAAUACUCACAACAUCGAUGUAAAACCUCAUUACCGCCUCUUAGUUGAAGAAUAUCAUGAUGAUAUGCCAGUUCCAGAUUUCCUAAAACAACCGUUAACUUUAUACGAAAUAGCAGAACAAUAUUGGGAUCUUAAAGCGUAUCCAACGCAAUAUGUGUUCUCUCUUCUGGCAAGUAUAUCAGAAGAUAAAUUAGAAAGAGACAAAUGUAUAGAACUCAGUUCCGCUGAGGGGCAGGAGGAGUGGUUGAAUUACUGCAGGCGACCGAAAAGGACUAUACUUGAAGUACUCAACGAUUUCCACAAAUCAGCUUCAAAACUAACAAUAGAAAUAAUAUUCGAACUGUUCUCAACGAUAAAACCACGAGCGUUCUCUAUAGCCAACAGUUGCCUGCUAUCGAAAGGCAAAGAAAUCGAAGUUCUGGUAGCCGUUGUCAAAUAUUAUACUAAAUUGAAGAAAGAAAGGUUGGGCUUAGCGUCAAAUUGGUUGAAAAAUCUCAAUGUUGGAGAUAAAGUGUAUGCUUGGAUUAAAAAGGGGACCUUCAACUUUCCAAAGGAUAUGAAUAUUCCCCACAUAUUAAUAGGCCCGGGCACAGGUCUAGCUCCGUUUCGAAGUUUAUUACAAGAGAGGGUAGUUGAAGGCACAGCUGACAAACACACAAUACACCUCUUCUUCGGCUGUCGGUACAAAAAUAAAGAUUUUCACUGCAAAGAUGAAUUAGAAAAGAUGGUGGAAAAAGAUCAACUGACACUGUAUUGUGCAUUUUCAAGAGAUCAAGAAAAUAAAAUAUACGUUCAACACAAAAUAGCUGAACAUAGAAAAGUUUUAUGGCAACUCAUAAACGAAAUGGGAGCUUACAUUUUUCUAUCUGGCAACGCUAAGAACAUGCCUGAUAAUGUUAAAGAGGCGUUUGUGGAGCACGUCUUUAAUAAGACUGGCAACAUUGAAAUAGAAAAGGCUAAGGAAAUGAUGAGGAGUAUGGAAAAAAAUUAUAGACUACAAGAUGAGACUUGGUGAUA